GAAUGCGCUCGUCGCUCGGCUCGCUUCCCUUGAUUCUCGGCUCUCUCUCUGCCCAGGCUUCCCAGUGCUCGGUGAACGGCCGGUGAGAGCGACUCCGGCAGGAAGGAAAGAAGGAAGAUGGCGACCGAGGGCAUGAUCCUCACUAAUCACGAUCACCAAAUUCGCGUCGGGGUCCUGACAGUGAGCGACAGCUGUUUCAGGAACCUAGCAGAAGAUCGCAGUGGGAUAAACCUUAAAGAUUUAGUCCAGGAUCCUUCUUUACUGGGCGGGACUAUAUCUGCGUAUAAGAUUGUGCCAGAUGAAAUAGAAGAUAUUAAGGAAUCAUUGAUAGACUGGUGCGAUGAGAAAGAACUAAACUUAAUCCUAACAACAGGAGGAACUGGAUUUGCCCCAAGAGAUGUUACACCAGAGGCAACAAAAGAAGUAAUAGAAAGGGAGGCCCCGGGAAUGGCGUUAGCAAUGCUUAUGGGAUCUCUCACUGUUACUCCCUUGGGAAUGCUCUCUAGGCCUGUGUGUGGAAUUCGUGGAAAGACUCUUAUAAUCAAUUUACCAGGUAGCAAGAAAGGGUCACAGGAAUGCUUUCAGUUUAUACUGCCAGCCCUACCUCAUGCCAUAGACCUUUUGAGGGAUGCAAUUGUAAAAGUAAAAGAAGUUCAUGAUGAGUUGGAAGAUUUGCCUUCACCGCCACCACCCCUCUCUCCUCCACCAACAACAAGCCCUCACAAGCAGACAGAAGAUAAAGGUGUACAGUGUGAAGAAGAGGAGGAAGAGAAAAAGGACAGCGGAGUUGCAUCAACUGAGGAUAGUUCCUCUUCACAUAUUACUGCAGCCACCAUUGCAGCAAAGAACCAUCAGCCCCGCACCAGCCUUGCAGUAAUCAUGGCAAAAGAUCGCCAGCCCAUCCCAGGUCUCACCAGUUGUUCCCACCAUACUGCUUCCUGUGUAGUGGAUCUGAUACCAGAUUCCAUCAUUUCUCGAGGGGUGCAAGUACUGCCACGGGACACUGCAUCACUCAGCACCACUCCAUCUGAAUCGCCGCGAGCGCAAGCAACAUCGAGACUAUCCACAGCUUCAUGUCCAACACCAAAAGUGUUUCCCACCAAUUCCUAUAUGAAAACUCAAACCCUUCCCAGCCCACUUGAAGGAAAGCUUCACCGAAAACUGGAGAAUUUCAGAGAUCAUCUUCAAGGCAAUGACAAGGGAUACUCUCUCCGAGUAAAUGCUCGGCUUCCUUCCUGCUCAUCCACCUAUAGUGUUUCGGAGGACAUUUGGAUUGCUGCCCCCUCAUUUUCUCAGCUCCACUAUAAAUUGGAAGGGCUUAAAGAUGAACUCAGGAGGAAUAGAGGCUGCGAAACAAGAGUCCAGUCCCGAUGUAGCAGCAAGGAGAACAUACUUAGAGCAAGUCACAGCGCUGUUGAUAUCACCAAGGUAGCAAGAAGACACCGCAUGUCUCCUUUCCCAUUAACAUCUAUGGACAAAGCCUUCAUCACUGUAUUAGAGAUGACUCCAGUUCUUGGAACUGAAAUUAUAAAUUACAGAGAUGGAAUGGGCCGUGUUCUUGCCCAAGAAGUAUACGCAAAAGACAAUUUACCACCGUUCCCUGCAUCAGUGAAGGAUGGAUAUGCAGUAAGAGCUGCUGAUGGGCCUGGAGAUCGUUUCAUCAUUGGUGAAUCCCAAGCCGGCGAACAGCCAACUCAGACAGUGAUGCCGGGACAAGUGAUGAGGGUAACAACUGGUGCUCCAAUCCCAUGUGGUGCUGAUGCAGUGGUGCAAGUAGAAGACACUGAACUCAUUAGAGAAUCAGAUGAUGGGACGGAAGAACUGGAAGUUCGCAUCUUAGUACAGGCUCGCCCAGGCCAAGACAUCAGACCAAUAGGCCAUGACAUUAAAAGAGGCGAAUGUGUACUGGCGAAGGGUACACACAUGGGACCUUCUGAAAUUGGUCUUCUUGCAACUGUCGGUGUUACAGAAGUGGAAGUCCAUAAGUUUCCAGUGGUUGCUGUUAUGUCAACAGGAAAUGAGCUCUUGAAUCCAGAAGAUGACCUUCUGCCAGGCAAAAUCCGAGAUAGCAAUCGCUCAACUCUAUUAGCAACAAUUCAGGAACACGGCUAUCCUACUAUCAACUUGGGUAUUGUUGGAGACAACCCAGAUGAUUUACUUAAUGCCUUAAAUGAAGGUAUUAGCCGUGCUGAUGUCAUCAUCACAUCAGGAGGUGUUUCAAUGGGUGAGAAGGAUUAUCUUAAGCAAGUGCUCGACAUUGAUCUCCAUGCACAAAUACACUUUGGUAGAGUAUUUAUGAAGCCAGGCCUGCCUACCACCUUUGCAACCUUGGACAUUGAUGGUGUAAGAAAAAUUAUAUUUGCACUCCCUGCUAACAGGCCGAGCCGCGCGGGAGGGAGAGGGAAGAGAAUCCACAGAGGAGAGGGACAUGGAUUUGGAGAGUCAGCACCUAACUCCCAACAGCCUCAGCCAGCAGAAGCCACCCUCCUGCACCUAAAAGGCAACCCAGUGUCAGCAGUUGUUACGUGUAAUCUAUUUGUUGUGCCAGCACUAAGAAAGAUGCAAGGAAUCCUUGAUCCAAGACCUACAAUCAUCAAAGCCAGGUUAUCAUGUGAUGUUAAGCUGGACCCACGCCCAGAAUACCAUCGCUGCAUUCUGACUUGGCAUCACCAAGAGCCACUGCCUUGGGCACAAAGUACAGGUAAUCAGAUGAGCAGUCGCUUGAUGAGUAUGCGCAGUGCCAAUGGACUGUUGAUGCUACCUCCAAAGACAGAGCAGUAUGUGGAACUUCACAAAGGAGAGGUGGUGGAUGUCAUGGUUAUUGGAAGACUAUGAUGACAACUGCAAGAGAGAAGCUUUGAUGCAUGUCCACAUAUCAUUGACUGUAUCCUGUAAUAUGCAACGGCACAGCUAAUUUUUAUGAUUUAGAUAAAGUUGAUCAGUGUAGUCAACAUCUUGAACUAAAUUUUGACAAAUGACUUUGGGGAAAAAACAACAACUUUAAAACUUUUUUCCAAAAAAUAAAAAUAUUAAAAAAACAAACAAAAAAAAAAACCUCGUAUUAAACCUUAUUCCGAUUAUAUCGAGGCAACUUUUCCUUCAUUGCAAUUGCUUUGUGUGUUUAAAUGCUAGGUUUAAUAGCAGUAGCUUUUAGUAGACAGCAGUAGAUGCCUGCAAAGUUGUGUUUCUCUCAUCCUUAAAUUACAAAUACUUAAGCUCUUAUACAAGGCUGUCUGCUUACUUUAUACUAGCUUAGAUGACACUGCUAUUUCCCUUAUCAGUAUGCUUCAUAACCGCUUCACAAGAAAGCUCUGCUUGUUCUUUAUCUUGUAUAUCGUGUUGAUGUGCACAGUGCCAAAAGCAAGUGAUUGCAAUUGGAUCAAGACUCCACCUUAUUAGCAAGGAGGAGAAACAUCCUGGCAAUCUCUCCGCUCAGUACUAUUGGGCAGUAACUGAAUACCUUUACUUUGAACAAAAAAUUGCUUCCUUAAGUGCUGACAGCCUUUUUAACCAAUACAUUUAAAAAAAAUGUACAGAAAAAAAAUAUCAAAAACUGAUCUUGUACAGAUUACAGUGUACCAGCAUUCAUGUGAAAAAUAAAAAAAAGUGAAGAAAAUAUUGAAGAACUCUGUACCAUAACAUUUUCUGUAACGAUACUGAAACAAGAAUAAUUAAAUCCUU